UCCGAAGAUGAGAUUAAUUCUCAAUUCCGGAAUGUUCUGCGAUGGUUGAAAAGGGGGAAAUGUGUCGUUGAGUUAUUUUUUUAUCGAAUUGUGCACACUUGAGCACACGAGUGUCACGGAAUACGUGAUGAGCGGGUGAAUGGACGAUCAAACAUUGACAGUUGGCGGACGAUAAAAAUUCUUUGAGUUGGAGAAAGAAAAAGUCGAGGAGGAGAUGUGGCUGACAACGGGCGAGGCGGCGAGCCUCGGUGCUGAUGAGGUAGCAGCAAGACUGCACGUUGACACGAGAAAUGGCCUUUGGUGGCAAGAAGCCGAGCAGAGAAGAAAAUUAGUAGGAUACAACGAAUUAACGGUCAAAGAGGAGGAUCCAACGUGGAAAAAAUACAUCGAACAGUUCAAAAAUCCGUUGAUUCUGUUGUUACUUGGAUCGGCAUUCGUCAGUGUGUGCAUGAAGCAGUUUGACGAUGCAGUCAGUAUUACAGUUGCCAUUAUUAUAGUUGUAACAGUAGCCUUCGUCCAGGAGUAUCGUUCGGAGAAGUCUCUGGAGGAAUUGAAUAAAUUGGUACCUCCAACCUGUCAUUGCCUCCGAGAAGGACGAGUCGAGACAUUUCUCGCUCGAAACCUAGUCCCAGGUGACGUAGUCCUCCUGAACAUUGGAGAUCGUGUACCAGCAGACAUAAGGAUCUACGAAGCAAUAGAUUUAUCAAUCGACGAGAGUAGUUUCACGGGUGAAACUGAACCUGCGAGAAAAUCAACAGCCCCCCUGCUGAAAAGCAAUGGUCACACCUCGAAGAAGAACAUUGCAUUCAUGGGGACACUGGUGCGUUGUGGGAAUGGCAAGGGGAUUGUCAUCAACACUGGUGAGAAGAGUGAAUUUGGGGAGGUAUUCACCAUGAUGAUGGCUGAGGAGGCACCGAAGACACCUCUCCAGAGGAGUAUGGACAUUCUCGGUGCCCAAUUGUCCUCUUACUCAUUCUGCAUAAUAGCCUUUAUCAUGAUGCUUGGGUGGAUCCAGAAGAAGGCGUUCCUGGAGAUGCUGACGAUAAGCGUGAGUUUGGCAGUGGCAGCCAUUCCAGAGGGCUUGCCGAUCGUCGUGACAGUCACACUGGCCCUGGGGGUCAUGAGGAUGGCGAAACGAAAGGCUAUUGUCAAGAAACUCCCCACUGUCGAGACCCUGGGGUGUGUCAACGUCAUCUGCUCAGACAAAACAGGAACGAUAACUAAAAACGAAAUGACAGCCACCAUUAUCGUCACUCCAGAGGGCUAUGUGGCUGAUGUCACGGGUACUGGUUACAAUGAUCGAGGAAAAGUUCGCAUACGAAAAUGUGAUAGUGCAGAUUCAGCAAAAAAUUCAAUUACUAAUCUUCUGGAAGUUGGCUGUAUAUGCAAUAACGCUGUCAUUCAGAAUGAUACGCUGCUGGGGCAGCCCACGGAGGGGGCGAUUGUGGCUGCUGCAAUGAAGUAUGGGAUGUAUGGAACUGCUGACAAAUAUCUCAGACUCCAGGAGUAUCCUUUCUCCUCGGAUCAGAAGAUGAUGGCUGUCAAGUGCAUCUCAAAAUACUCGGAGGACAAGCAGGAGAUUUAUUUUGUUAAAGGUGCACUUGAGAAGAUUCUGCCACAGUGCACCAAGUACUCGAAUAAUGGACAGCUGUAUCCACUCAAUCAGAAGAAGGAUCACGAGUUUUUGGCUGAGGCUUAUGAGAUUGGCCAGCAGGGGCUGAGGGUCAUUGGAUUGGCUCGUGGAACGUCACUGCAGGAUCUGGUUUAUGUGGGACUGAUUGGAAUCUGCGAUCCUCCGAGGGAGGGCGUCAGGGAGGCCAUCACUACUCUGGCUAAUAGUGGGGUCAAGGUGAAAAUGGUGACUGGCGAUGCUAAGGAGACUGCUGGGGCCAUUGCCAGCAUGAUUGGCCUUGACACUAUUCACAUGAAACUCAUGUCUGGGGACGAGAUUGAGGGGAUUUCUGAGCCUGAGCUGGAGCAGGUGAUCGAUAAUGUCAGUGUUUUUUAUCGUGUCACACCCAGGCAUAAGUUGGCUAUUGUCAAGGCUCUUCAGAGGAAUGGGAAUAUUGUGGGGAUGACUGGGGAUGGGGUCAAUGAUGGGGUGGCACUGAAAAAGGCUGACAUUGGAAUCGCCAUGGGGAAGAAUGGCACUGACGUCUGCAAAGAGGCUGCUGAUAUGAUACUCGUUGAUGAUGACUUUCAGACCAUCAUCGCUGCCAUCGAAGAGGGCAAGGGCAUAUUCUAUAAUAUCAGGAAUUUCGUCAGGUUUCAGCUGAGCACCAGCAUCGCUGCUCUUGCUCUCAUCGCUCUUGCCACUCUCAUGAGCAUUCCUAAUCCUCUGAAUGCCAUGCAGAUUCUCUGGAUUAAUAUCAUUAUGGAUGGACCACCUGCACAGAGUCUGGGGGUCGAGCCUGUUGACAAGGAUGUGCUGAAACAGAAGCCCAGGGAUACCAAAGAACCCAUGAUCACUAGGAGUUUAAUUGUCAAUGUUCUGCUCUCGGCUGCUAUUAUUAUUCUGGGGACUCUCUGGGUGUUCAAUCGGGAGAUGAGCUCCAUGGGCAUCACUGCGAGGGACACCACCAUGACUUUCACGUGCUUUGUGUUCUUUGAUAUGUUCAAUGCACUCAGCUGUCGGUCGCAGACGAAGUCAAUUUUUACCAUUGGUUUUCUCAGCAAUAAAAUGUUCUUGGUUGCUGUGACACUGUCGGUCAUUGGGCAGAUGCUGGUGAUUUAUUUUCCACCGCUGCAGAGCGUCUUUCAGACUGAAGCACUCACUGCUAAAGACAUAAUAUUUUUGGUGGGUCUCACAUCCAGUGUUUUCAUCAUCAGCGAGAUAAAGAAGUUCCUAGAGCGCCAGUGGGAGUCUCGACGAACGAGUGGACGGUAUUACAAAUACAAGAAGCUGAAAAACAACAUCUCCAAAGUACAUGGAUAAAUCUUUAAAACGAGGUAAAGCGUUUGUUUCCUCGAUUCAUGAACAACAUUUGUUUAACUACUUUUGUCAUCACGCGGAAUGUGAGGACUUAUUCAAUUGCUGAUUAUGAAGUAAGUGAUGAGCUUGCUUGUGGAAAAUUAUUGUUUUUUUAGACGUAUGGCAAAAUUUAGUCGAAAAAUCUUGUCAAAAAGUCGAUUUUUCUCGUCGACUCGAUAUUUUUUAUAGGCAAAAGUCUGCAGAUUUUGAUUUUUCUAGAAGAUUUCAUGAGCAAGAAUUUUCCGAAUCGUUUUUAUUUCAUUUUAUUAUGAGAACGGAAUGAAAUUCAGCAGAAAAAAUAUGAAAAAGUAAUGUCAAAGGAUUUCCGUGGAGAAAUAAAAAUCUAUGGACUUUCUCAUGUGUGAAAAAAAUUAAUAGAAAAAUUCUCUUAAAAAUUGUACAGAUGUGUCGUUUGUUUUUCAACAAAUGUUUUUUAUAGAGAAGAGUCUAUAGAUGUCGAUUUUUCUAUGAGAAUUCUUGAACAAGAAUUUUUCAAGUUUUCUUUUUGGAUCUUAUUAUAAAAUUAGAAUGAAGAAAGAAAUUAAAUUGUAUUAAAAAAUAUA